AUGUCCAAAAGUAUUUAUGAUCGACAAUUAGAUACGGAUUUAUUUAAGCGUUUACAUCCAACGAAUUUUACUCUUGCACCAAAACAUUAUAUUAAUAUUUUAGGACCAGGUUCAUAUAAUCCAAUAACUAUUGAUGAAAUUUAUCGUAAAAAAUCAUGUAGUAAAUAUGGACGUUACUAUCAACAAUCAAAACGAUUUCCAUCAAUAAAUCGUAAAUCGAAACAUUUAUGUCAUACGCAAACUUUAAUAUAUGGUUUAAAUAAUAUUCCUAAUGAAUUAAGAAGAAAAAAUGAAUUUGAAAGACGUUAUAAUGCUAUACGACUUGAUCGACAGAGAAUCUAUGGACCUUAUGUUAAACUAGCACAAGAUCAUCAUAGUAAAAUUCCAGAUUGGUACAAAGGACCAGCUCGUCUUCAAAUCAAAUCACCUCCAUCUAUUCUUGAAUCUCUUUUUUCGAAAUCUAAUUGUUAUAAAGGCAAAUUUUUACCAAUGCCUUCUAAUGUCAAUACAAAUGAAAAACAAAUAAAACCUUCACCCGGACCAACGACUUAUUUUCAAGAUCUAUUUGCUCAACGAAAACCUUCUCAAACAAAUCAUGAAAAGAUCCCAUUAUUUGGUUUUCUUUCAUCAACGGAACGAUUUUCUAAAACAAAAAUUUCAAUCUCACAUCUAGGUCCAGCUUCAUAUAAACCUGAUACUUGUAUUCAAUUAUGUUCAAAAAAAAGAACAAACAAAGAAAUAAAUAGAAAGUUUUAA